CGUUGCAACGGACUUUCUGGAUGCAAUCGUUUUAAUCUUCUGAAGCAUCUGUGCUUUUGGAUGUUUGAUUAUUCGACAACUCCUGCGCUUUGCCGCGUUGCAACGGACUUUCUGGAGGCAAUCGUUUUAAUCUUCUGAAGCAUUUGUGUUUUUGGAUGUCUGGUUAUUCGACAACUCCUGCGCUUUGCCUCAUUGCAACGGACUUUCUGGAGGCAAUCGUUUUAAUCUUCCGAAGCGUUCGUCUGUUGUAUUUGUGGACAUUUGGUUAUUCGACAACACAGCCUCAUCCGCUAUAACAUUAAUGUGUUGCAUCUCCCUAUUCUCAGUAUGAGCAUUAGUCCGACAUCUGCACUCUUCUACUUCAUUCCAUGACUUCACCCUAUUCCACUGAGUUACGGGUGACUGCCGAUCCAAGAGCUCCUGCUGAAGAACAACUCCCCGAGGCCCCUCGUCGCACAUCGCACUUGACGAGGGUACUCUGUUUUUUGGCGUUUGGACGUCCAGAUCUUGAAGAUCAUUGGAAGUCCCUCCAAUCAGAGCAAGCAUUCGAAACCGUCAGAACUAGGUUAUGCUCUAUCCUGACCAGCACUAUCACCACAGCAGGCGUCCUCCUCGCUAUAAGUGGUGCUUUCGUCACUACCGGCUCUCCUGUGUCAUACUUUGAUUACACAUCAGGCGCUCCUCAGUGCCUGAUCCUUAUGUCGCUCAUGCUAGCUAUGAUCGCGCUGUUGACAUCCGGUUCGAGCUUGAUACGUUGGGUGCACACCGAUCGGCACUGGAUCCAAGAGCAACUUGAGCUAGGCGACUUCUUCGUGUUGUCCUACCUGUUGUCAAUAGUCACCCCCAUGUUCUUCGUCGCCUGGUCCCUACAUUGUUUCAUGUUUGCGAUGUUGAUAGUAGGUUUUUCCUCUCAAAGCGUGAUCUGCCGCGUCGUCACUGCAGUCUGGCUGGUCACAUACGUCGUCAACAUUGGGACGAUAUUGAUGGAAACUAUGUGGAGGUAUGCGACAAGCCUCAAUCACGCUGGAUAUCGCCAGUAGAUUUCACUUUCCACUUUGCU